UUCCUUCCCGGGCCUCCGCAAAGGCCGCGGGGCUGCAGGGGGAGCCGCGAUCGCGGUGAUGGCGGGUGACGGCCGCCCGCGCCUGGCCGUCCCUCUGCCCCGGUGGCUCUGAGGAGAGCGGGGCUGGCGCUCCGGGGAGGCCCCACGGUGCCGGUUCUGGGGGUGCAGCGUCAGCACGGCGUGAGCCGUGCCUUUGGGUUGUUGAAGAGCGAUGUGAAUGAGCCGGCACCCGGAGGAGUAGCCGCAGCCCCGUGGCUGUGGCUUGAGUGGGCACGGUGCCCGCUGCGUCCCGCCGAGACACGGGAGCGCAGGUGUGGCCAGGCCGAGCCUCCGGGCCACCUGGGGGCAGGUGGGAGCGGGCAGAGCGAAUCGCAGGUGUGCCCCAGGGCGCUCACAGCACCGCAUCCUUCCGUCUGCCUGCGGUACCGACAGCGAAAUGGAUGCUCGUGGUGUGUCCAAGAAAAAAGGUCUGAGUUUUGAAGAGAAGAGGGCCCGCAUGAUGGAGAUAUUUUUUGAAACAAAAGAUGUCUUCCAGUUGAAGGAUCUAGAGAAGAUUGCUCCAAAAGAAAAAGGAAUUACCUCAAUGUCAGUGAAAGAGAUUCUGCAAAGCCUUGUUGAUGAUGGCAUGGUGGACACUGAUAGAAUUGGAACUUCCAAUUAUUUCUGGGCUUUUCCAAGUAAAGCUCUUCAUGCCAGGAAGCGUAAAUUGGAGGAGUUAGAGUCUCAGUUUGCUGAAAGCAGUCAGAAGAAAGAGGCUUUACAAAAAAGCAUUGAGAAAUCAAAAAUUGGACGUGAAGAUACUGCGGAACGUGCAGCUCUGCUGAAGGAACUUGCUGCCCUUCGGCAGAAAAAAGAGCAGCUAAAGACUGAAAUAGACAAAUACAGGGAAUGCGAUCCAGACGUGGUUGAAGAGAUGCGCCAAACAAACCAAGUGGCCAAGGAGGCAGCCAACAGAUGGACUGAUAACAUCUUUUCAAUAAAGUCCUGGGCCAAGCGUAAAUUUGGAUUUGAAGAGAGCAGAAUAGAUAAAGGCUUUGGAAUCCCAGAAGAUUUGGAUUAUGUUGAUUAAUUUUCAGUUGAUGGCUGACACAGUUGUACAUAGUUUGUUGUAUAUUCAUAGCUACCAUUAAAAUGUGAAUCCUUUCCAAACAGGUGACCACCGUUUAAUUUGCUGGUGUUGUUAAAGUUAAUAAAAUACUAAAAAUA